CCAGAUGUGGUGAGAGAAUGUCCGGACGUUGAAGUCCAUGGAGCUAGAUUUCCCACCUAACCUGAGGUCCUUGCUUGCUUCUGAUCUGCCUUUGACUUCCGCUGGUGAGCUAAAAUUCCUUCAGUUGCUGUGGACAUUCGGCCGAGGAUGUCAGAAACCUCAAGCCUGUAAUUCCUCCAGAUAAAGCGAGACUCAUCAUUCUGUAUGGUCAUGAAUGGUGCCGACCUUCCCAUCUCUGAUAGUUCCUGGGGCUUGGAGGCUGAAGUAGGAAUGCUGGGAAGAGAACCAUCUAGCAGCAACAACUGCUAGAAAUGAAAUGAAGAAAUGAUCACCAGCUUGAGAAUUGCGCACCCUUUCUGGUGCCCUUUCCUUUGAAGGAGAUUGUCUCCAAGCACCCUGAACGGCAGGACUGAGGCCCUCAGAUGCUUCACAGGCAUGUCAUCGGCCAAUGUCACCCCGAUCGUGAUUUGCAAGGACCACAGUGCCAACCACCGGCUGCACCUGAUCGGCUACAGCCUGAUCUUCACCGCAGGUUUGCUGCUCAAUGUGGCCGCUAUCUGGAUCUUCUUGAACUACCUGAAACUCAAGUCAGUGGUGAGCAUCUACAUGCUUAACUUGGCCGCAAGCGACCUCCUGUUCACCAUUUCUUUGCCCUUCCGUAUCUAUUACUAUUUGAUGGAGCAGUGGCCCUUUAAAGAAUUCCUCUGCCAGGUCUCGGGCUCUGUCUUCCAAAUCAACAUGUACGGUAGCUGCCUCUUCCUGAUGUGCAUCAACUUGGACCGCUAUGUGGCAAUUGUCCACCCCCUUCGCUGGCGCCACCUCCGGCGUCCCAGACUGGCUCGGAUUGUCUGUCUUGUGGUCUGGGUGCUUAUCCUGGUAGGGUCUAUUCCUGUGGCUUAUGUCCACAAAUCCACUUCCUGUGUCAAAGACAGGACGACCAUCACUCUUUGCUUCGAGAACUUCAGCGAGGGCCUGUGGCAGAAAGAGCUCCUCCCGUUGAUCAUCCUGGCGGAGAUCCUUGGCUUUCUUCUGCCCCUGACCUCCGUUUCCUACUGCUCGGUCCGAAUUUUCCAGAAACUGUGCCAGGCUGGUGGGAUGCAGAGCCUGCGCCAACGGAAGACGCUUCGCAUGCUAGUGGCCAACCUGGUCAUCUUCAUUAUCUGCUUUGUGCCCUACAACGUCGUUCUGGCGGCGUAUGGGCUGAUAAAAGCCCAGCUGAUCAAGACCGAUGUGCAAAUGAAGGAUUCGGUACGGCAGGCCCUGGUCAUCACGGUGAUAUUGGCCAGUAUGAACUGCACUCUGGACCCCCUGAUCUAUUACUUCAACACAGAGGGCUUCCGAAACACUUUAAAUAAACUGAGGAGGGCACAAGCUUGGGACUCUGAAAUGGGAACACUUCAGAACCAGGUAACGGAAAGUAAGUCCUACCAGGCAACAAGUGCCAAGCGAGGAUUCCCGGUCCAAACCUUAAUCCUCCCCUACGAGGGCUUGCCAUUUGUACCCCCUAAAAUAUUUUUGAACAGCCCCAUUGAAGAUUCGGAAAUAUAAGCACGGGGGGGGGGCCUCUCCGACUGGUGAUUACUGCAAGAAGUGCUUGCUAGGAAUUUCUGAAUGAUAAACAGAGGGGCGGGGGAUGCGAUGAAACAAAACUGUAAAGGGGGUAAAGCCUCUUGGAACAUGGAUGUUCAGAGACGGUUUCAGACCUGUAGGGAGUAUGUUUACAUGACCACGGUAAUCUGUUUCUACACCCUAGGCAUUGUCUUCUUCUUUAGCGAUCACUCAUAGCCGAGUAAGAUUGUCUUCCAUAAACAUGGUUUUAACCGUGGCUCCGUAACUGACUGGGGAGGCCAAUUCUGGAUCCACGUGUCCGGGCAGGAGUUGAUCAUUGUGCCUUCCUCUUAGCACAUUUCUCCCUUGCGUCCUGAGUUUGAGCAUCUUCAAAGCCCAUGACACCUUUGGUAAAGGCUGUUCUCCAGCUGAAGCGCUCACAGGCCAGUGUUUCCUAGUUGUUGGUGUUUAUACGACAUUUUUUAGAUUUGCCUUGAGACAGUCUUUAAACCUCUUUUGUUGACCACCAGCAUUACGCUUUCCAUUUUUAAGUUCGGAAUAGAGUAGUUGCUUUGGAAGACGAUAAUCAGGUAUCCGUACAACACGACCAGUCCAAAGAAGUUGAUGUGGAAGAAUCUUCGCUUCAACACGGUGAUCUUUGCUUCUUCCAGUACACUGGCAUUAGUUCGCUUGUCUUCCCAAGUGAUGUGUAAAAAUUUUCAGAGACAUUGUUGCUGGAAUAUUUCAAGGAGUUGGAGAUGGCAUUUAUAAGUGGUCCCCAAGCAUACCGUAAGGUUGGUAGUAUAAUAGCUUUGUAAACAAGCAUUUUGGUUUCCCUGCGAAUGUCCCAGUCCUCAAACACUCUGCACUUCAACUGGGAGAAAGCUGCACUCGCAGAGCUCAGGCGAUGCUGGCCUAGGCAUUGUACAUCAUGUACAACCCAAGAAACAGGCCCUCUGGUGAACUAAGGCUGUUAACACACUGCAACUUAAAGUGGAUUGGAUGCAUCUCGCAUAAAACUUGUGUUGCUCUCACCCACAUGGCAUCCCACACUAUCCCCCAUUCUCACUUGGAUUUUCCCAAUCCAUAAUGCGGUAAGGAAAUAAAAUCCCAUGUUACCCAGCUGCCGACUACUGAA